AUGGCACCGCUGUUUUCCUCAUCUUUGAGGAAGUCACAGGAUGUAUCAUGUGCUGGGGUGAGAGUGGCCCUUCGUAUGGAGGAGGAUUGCGCAUCAAGAACACCAAAUGUGUGGGCAGGAAAAGCUGCGGCCGUUGUAAGCACAGGAGGAAGUAGUGGAGAAGCAAAAGCACAGCAUCAUCUUCACCAAGUGGGAGUGUUCAUUGAUCUUCAUUUCCUCAACAAGCCUGAUUUCUUCCUCAGUGCUUUCCAGCCUCCUGCAAAGUUCAAUGCCGACGGCGAUCUGAUUGAUGAAGAAGCCAAAAUUAAGCUCAAGAAGCUUCUUCUUUCUCGCAGGAAUUUACUCUCAGACCUCAAGGCAAAGCUGGAUCAACUUCAACCCUCACAAAUACUGAAGAUUAUGGGAUAA